AUGAAGUUUGGAAACAACUUGGCAUACUUGUCUAUUCCAGAAUGGAGGGGGCAUAACCUUGACUAUAAUGAGCUAAAGAGCGAAAUAAGGGAAGUUACGCGGCUAAAAGAGGAUAACUUGAGGCCAUUAUAUUCGAUGUUUAUGAGAAAUUUUGAAUAUGUCAACCUUUUCAUAGCUACUAAGUAUGGUGAGUUAAACAGGAAGCUAGAUUUUUACGAAAGCUCCCUUGAAUAUAUCAAUAUCUCAUCUUCUUUAUCGACAGAGGAAAAACGGGCAAAGAUUGAUGAAAUACUUUACCACGUAUUGGAUAUUGCUAUGAACUUAAAGAAUUUGUCUAAGUUCAUUUUAAUUCAGAAGAUUGCAUGCCUGAAAAUUUUCAAGAAGUUCGUCAAAUACUAUUAUUGUGAGAAUAAAGCGAAGAAGUUUAUAAUAAAACUAAAACAGCAGUUGCAAGCGAAUGAGUAUUCUUUUGUCAAUUUCGACCUUUCUGGUGUCACUUUAAAAGUAACGAGCUUUAUAGGUUUGUUAAAGCACUUGCUGAAGAAUGUAGAAGAUAUUGUUCCAAGAAAGCCGUUGCGCAGUUAUCCAUCGAGUAUAGCUUUGUCGUCCCAACUUCUGAGCAAUUUUCCAUCGCACAAUGCCCAUGAACAACAAAUUCCGCCCACAGAAUCAUCAAAGUUUGAUCUAACAACUUUCUUGAAGAAAAACUUUUGUUUAGAUUUUUUGACCCUUGACGAUUCCAAUAGCUUAAACGAAAUAAUUUUGAAUUUGAAUGUGGUCAUGGGCCUCGAAAGUUACAAUUCCGAUACACCUACUAUGGUUUCUUUCAUCUAUUUACAAAAUGACAAUUUAGUCGGUGAUCCUUCUUAUAUCUUGUCGCAAGAAAAUGAGUCUUUUUCAACUUUGAUUGCAUAUGUUGGAGGUUUGAGGAAAUACUCGUAUUGUGUGUUGCCAAAUAGCUUCAUCCAGGUUUUCUUAAAUUAUAUGGGAGAAGAAGAUGAGGAAGCUUCAAGAGCUCUUAAAACAGAGUUGAAGACUUAUUUCGAGAAAAAUAAGGUAACCUUUUUGACCAAGACUACAAUCGAUACAAUUUUGCUGAAGAAGAAAGUGCCUAAGCUUAAGUUAGUUUGUAAAAGAACGAGAUACUUAUUAAAAAAGGAAGUUGACGAAAGUGAUGGUCAAAGUCACAGGUCAUUGAAUAGUGAGACUUCUUCCGUCAAGAGAAAUUAUCAGGAUGACUAUUUGGCCACAUUAGAUAGUGCCAUCUAUACUACAGAUGAUAUGAAAAAGGUCUCUUCCUUAGAUUUUGAAGUUGAUCAUUAUGAUAAGUUUCCAUAUAAUCAUUUAACAGUAUAUUCAAACGAUUCAAACUUAUCAAACUUUAUUCAAAACUUGGAUACUAAACUUGAAAAUUCGCAUUUGACAAGCACUUAUUCAAACAGUUUAUUGAGAAAAUUACCUCCUAAAAUUCAAGGGUUAAUAAGAAAUGAUAGAUCCUUCAAUUUAUUUAAAAAUAUGCAUUUCUAUCACUACAUGUCAACGUGUUAUUUCAACAUGAUACCUCCAGACAAUUAUAUUAAUAACCAUUAUUCAUUUUUGUUGAACCUUAAUUUAUUUAAGAAUUUUGAGAAUGUGACUUGCUCUAAUACUCAAAAAGGCAUCGAAGAUGCUAUGAUGAAGCCAAAAUUGAACCAAUUUUCACAGGACUCAAAGUUGAACUCCAUUCGUAGUAAUGAUUCUAGCAAUAACAACUCAAUUUUCACCUCAAAGAGCCACAGUAAUGCUGACCUUAAUUCAGAACAAGAUACAAAUGAUAUUAAUUGGUCUCUGGAAGAGCAAUACCUCAUGGAGUUACAAAAUGCGUCAUUAACGACGAAUUCUAAGUUUGGUAACUUAAUGUCUCAAUUUAUCAAGUUCAAAGGAAAGUUAUCAUCACCAAAGGAACAUACACCGUUGGUCGAUGACAUAGAAAAUAAUUAUGAUUCAAUGAACGAAGAAAUCUUAUACUAUCCUCGAAGAAAAUAUGAGGAUAGUGUCAAUAUACAAUAUGAGAGGUACUACGAUAGUACGCUCUCUUAUGCAUACUUGUCGUUACUUUGGAUAUCGCUUUUUAUAUCAGGCGUAGAAUCGGGUAUCAUUUACACUAUCACUAAGGUAGAGGAGAAGAAUGCUGGUUUCUCUCUCCGAAAGAGCAUAUGGUUAAUUAUGAUUUUAAUAAUUGGUCUUUUGUCGUCGUUAUUUUUCAGUUUGGUUAGCAUUAAUCUCAAUUUUCAAAGGUUCACUCCUGCGCCUACAUCUCAUUCAGUUGUCAUAUGGACUGGUUUUUUUGUGGUCUGUACCUGUUCUGUGUGGUCAGCUAUCGUACUAUUACAAAUGUGA